UUUAGAUUGUUUUUUAAUUCAGUUGCAGUUUUUUAUUGGAUUAUUAUAGCGGAUAUCAAAUUACACAAUGGCUGAACAAAACGAAUUACAAAUUUUAAAUAAAACGGAUGUUUCUAGCACUCAACCUGAAGGUCAUAGUAAUAAGAAUCAACAGGAUAUCGCAAGUGCAAGGUGGACAAAGUUAUUAGUAUUUGCCGGAUAUGCCUCUACAUUGGGAUCAGCGGUACCGGCUGGCUAUUGUAUAGGAGUAAUGAAUAGCCCAGCAGUGUUUAUGCGCCAUUGGUGUAAUGAAACAUUAAUACAAAGAUAUGAUGUGUAUUUGUCUACAGCAUCCAUUGAUUUACUAUGGUCAGCUAUAGUUUCCAUAUUUUUAAUAGGAGGAGCUAUAGGUUCAUUGACUGGUGCUGGUUUGGCUAAUAGGUUUGGCAGGAAAGGCUGUAUACUUAUAUGUGGAGUUUUAUUUUUUGUUGGAGCAAUAUGUUUUUUCUUUUGCCGUUCCUUAAGCUCAGUGGAGAUUUUACUUUUGGGUCGUUUUAUUGUGGGCAUUGCUUCCGGUUUAACUACGGCCUGUUUGCCUAUGUAUCUUAGUGAAAUUGCCCCCUUGGCCUUACGCGGCACAUUGGGGGUAUUUUGUGCUGUGGGUUUUACGGCUGGCGUUGUCGUUGGCCAAAUAUUUAGCUUACGUGCUGUGUUUGGCACUGAGUCUAAUUGGCAUAUAGCCUUAAGUUUUUAUGUAAUACUAGUUAUUUUAUGUUAUUUACCCUUUUUCUUAUAUCCGGAAAGUCCAAAGUGGUUGUAUGUUGUCAAAGAAGACCGUGAGGAGGCUCAAGCGCUAUUAAUGCGUCUAAGGGGCACUGUUAAAGCAGAGAUUUUGUCCCGAGAACUGGAAGUCAUGGAAGCAGAAGCUAAUUUAGUGGGCCAAGUUAGUAGCUUUAUAGCUGUUCUAAAGGAUCCUAAGCUUUUAAUGCCGCUAAUUAUUGUCUGUGUGUAUCAAGGAGGCCAACAAUUGUCAGGAAUUAAUGCGAUAUUUUAUUACUCCGUCUCAAUAUUUUGUAGAGCUGGAAUGACAGCACAAGCCGCUGAAUGGGCCAAUCUAGGAGCUGGUUCAUUAAAUUUGGCAACAUCUCUACUGGGGCCCAUGCUUAUGGCUAAAAUUAAUCGUAGACCUCUUAUGCUAAUGUCUUCAUUGGUGUGUUCCUUUUUCCUAUUAAGCUUUGCUUUAAUGCUUAAUUUUAUUGAUAGUGUUAGUUGGUUCGCUCAAGGUUGCAUAGCUUGCAUCUUUCUAUAUAUAUUCUUUUUUCAAUUUGGCGUGGGUCCUAUACCAUUUUUCAUAGGCUCAGAACUGUUUGAAGUAUCUCCUAGGCCGGUGGCCAUGUCUUUAGGCAGUUUAUCUUCGUGGAGUUGUAAUUUUAUUAUUGGCAUGACUUUUCCUAGUUUACAAAAUGCUUGGGGUUCAUUUGUGUUCCUGCCAUUUUCGAUAACAUGUUUUAUAAUGUUUUUAUUAACUAAAUUUUAUUUACCCGAAACAAGAGGACGUGAUCCGUCUACAGUUGCUCCACUAAUUUCAAACGGUUUUAAAUCGAAAAUUAUGUAAAGAUAAAGUUAAUAUUUUUCUGCCUUUUUUAUAUGAAAUGUCCAAGUAAUUAACCAAAUAAAGAUAAGACAUAACAUGACAAACUAAUAAAAUUACUUUUCAA